AUGGAGACUGGCAUUCCGCAGGCCCCCGCGCCGAGUGCGUCCCAGGGCGCCUCAACCUCCAAUAUCGACACCGAAUCGAGGACUCCCACCUCUCCCAAAGACGGAGCAGCGCAAGUUCGUGAGCCAGGACAUGGUGGUUCAGAUGCAAGACGUCCGCAUCAGAAUGCUCCUGGAGGGCGAGCGGCCCGAGGUGGUCGAGGAGGUCGUCAGGGCAAGAAGAGAGAUAUGGGGAGGAAGGAGUGGGCUAAAACCAAAGUAGACAAAAGGCAACGGAACGAGGAUGAGCAAGCCGCUAAACGUCAACGGAUCGACCAAGGCAAGGAUGCACUGCCCAUUUACGCUACAAAAUUCAGCGAGGAAGUGCUUGCCGCCGAGGAGAGGAGACCCAAAAAGAAGGUUGCUGUGCUCAUUGGGUACGCUGGUACCGGUUACAAGGGGAUGCAGCUAGCACACGACCAGAAAACUAUCGAAGGAGACCUCUUCCAAGCCUUUGUCGCGGCCGGCGCCAUCUCUAAGGCCAACGCCGACGAUCCCAAGAAAUCUUCCUUUGUGCGAUGCGCCCGGACCGACAAGGGCGUCCAUGCCGCCGGCAACGUGAUCUCCUUGAAAUUGAUCAUCGAGGACGAAGACAUAGUGCAGAAGAUCAACAACAAUCUGACUCCCCAGAUCCGGGUCUGGGGCUACGAACGGACAAGUAACAGUUUCAGCGCCUACCAGAUGGUCGACUCGCGCAUAUAUGAGUACCUGAUCCCGACACAUAGUUUUCUACCACCCCACCCUAGCAGUUUUUUGGGGAGAAACUGCGAGAAGUGGGCAGAAAAAACGGACGACGUGGACGGAUACAGAAAGAGACAAGAGGAAGUAACAGGGUACUGGGAGAAGGUGGACGAGGAGAUGAUCAAGCCGAUUCUGGCCGAGUAUGACGAAGAGAUCCGUGCCAUUUUGGAAAAAGCACUCUGGCUGAAAACAGAACGCCCGACGGAUGACGGGAAUAGCGGUGCUCCCCCGCCGAAUCCCCCAGUCAUGGAGGUUGAACCUGAAACUUCUAAGCCAGAGGCUCCACAAGAAGCCGAGGACAAGGACCGUGCUCCCGAGAAGAGCAACAACGAAGAACCCGCCUCCGAUGCAGGAGACGCAACAGAAGAGCCCAAGUUAUCCCGAUCGCGUGUCCUCGAGGAAGCAAUGAAACGCGUCCGGCAAGCCUAUAUCGCUGCCAAACGGGCCUAUCGCAUUCCUCCUCAACGUCUCGACCGAAUUCAAGAAGCGCUCAGUCUAUUUGUCGGCACUCGCAACUAUCACAACUACACUAUCCAGAAGACCUUCAAGGACCCCAGCGCCAAACGAGUGAUCAAGUCCUUCCUGGUCAACAGGACGCCUAUUCUUAUCAAUGGAACGGAAUGGCUCAGUAUGAAAGUCCACGGGCAGAGUUUCAUGAUGCACCAGAUCCGCAAGAUGGUUGGGAUGGUUGCGCUCGUGGUGCGCUGCGGAUGUGAUCCCAAACGCCUGGUGGAAAGUAUGGGUCCUGACAGGCUGUCCAUCCCCAAGGCUCCUAGCCUGGGUCUUCUGCUCGAACGGCCGGUGUUUGAAUCUUACAACAGGCGCGCCAAAAGCGAACUCAGUAAAGAAGCCAUCGAUUUUGACAAGUACCGGGAGGAGAUGGACCAGUUCAAGCAAGUACAGAUCUACGAGCGCAUGUAUCGAGACGAGGAGAAGGACAACGUCUUUGGCAACUUCUUCAACCACGUCGACAACUUUCCGAGUGAGAUUUUCUUGUUUGUGACCUCGGGCGGCAUCCAAGCCACCAAGACGAAAGCACUGGUUGGGGCAGUCGAGGUUGUCAAGACGAAGAGUGGAGAAGAUGCUCUAUUGAGCAACGAUGUCGACGUCGGCGUCGAGGACGAGGACAGCGAUGCGGACGACGCUGUCAAGGAUAACCACGGUGACGAGGGUUGA